AUGACGAAUUUGGCCGUGCAGGCGGAGCGUGUGUACGCGGGCACCGCGUGCGUGCUGGCGUGCGCCGGGGCCUCCGGGUUGCCUCCACAUGCUGCUCUUCUGGGACCAGCGGCGGCACGGGACCCCCGCCCUGCACCGCGACGCACGCUGGUGCCCAGCUCGCUGCUCCUCGCCGUGCUCAUGCCCACCGGCGUGCUGACGCUCAUCCCGUGGGCAUCGUUCACGGUCCGCAGCGGCUACGAGGGGGGUCCCGGCCUGCUGCGCUUUGGCUACUCCUACGGCCUGGCGCUCAUCGGCUGGCUGCUGCUGCUCGUCGUGGUGCCGGUGCUCGCCGCGCUCGAGAACUGCCAGGAGGUCGGCGGCGGCGUCACCGGCGGCGUCACCGGCGGUGUCACCGGCGCCGGCGUCGCCACGCAGGCGACGGUGGAAGCCGCAGCGGCGGCGGUCGCGGCGGACGUUGGGCCGCUCGUCGGCGGCCAGGCGGAGCGGGAGCCGGAGCGACAGCGGCUGCUCCGGAAGAGGCCGCGUGACGCGGAGGGCGUCGCCGUGGAGAUGAGCGAGCGGACGAGGCCGGCUAGCGCUCCCGUCGACGCGAAGAGGGGAGGGCAGCAUCGUCGCCAGGCGGCGCUUUCGCGUCUGGCUGCCGCCGCCGUGGUCUGGGCGGUGGACGCGUCGCCGCUGACGUGGUCUGGGUGGUGGACGCCGAGUUGA